AUGUUCGAGAAAAAGUUUAACAUUGAAGUACAAACUUUACAGCCUUUACGUGAGUUUCUUGCACAACUGAAAGAAGAAGGUAGUCAGCCACAACUUAUAGACUUUCAUUAUGAAUUUAAUGAAAAUGAAGAUGGAACACAUGACUGUCAGUUUGUUGUAUUCUCACCAUUCAAUGAAGUCGCUAAAGAGAAAGAAAAUCCAUUACGUAUAAGAUUUCAAAUCUCUGAACCAAGUGAUGAUUUCAAGAAUGUUUUCAAUUAUGAUGCAAUGCUUCCGAGGAAAAAUGAAUUUUCAAAGAUUGUAACACCCGGCAUUUGGGAUAGAAAGCAAGCUAUUCUUUUCUCUAAUAUAGCCAAAGGCGUUGAAAAUGAGUUCAUUGGUCAUACAAGAACUUCACCACUUCCUAACCCUAAAUACUAUAAAUUAACUGGCUUCAAUCGUGAGUUUUGGAUAGACAUGUUCUCCACUCAUGACGAUAACUGCCCAGUGUUCUUACCUCCAGACCAUAAGGACUGUCUCUACAUUGAAGCACAACUCUUAAACUCUACCAUCGCAGUAUUGUAA